UCCUGUCAAUCCUUCAAGUAAAUAUUGCAAGACAGCAUUAGUCAGGAAAUAUAUAUUUAAGAAGCAAUUCACUGGAUACACUUUUUUGCUUGUAAGUUCAUUGCAUCAGAACAUUUGAAUUGCAACAUGAUUUUGGCAGGAAGUACAUGCCAUACUACCACAUUUCCUGCACUUGUGCGGACAUCGAAUUUGAUGAUGCAGUCUUCACUGGAAAUUAAACCAUUUAUGUCUUUCCCUAUGGAUUGCAGUCCAGCAGUUGGUCUUUUCCCAAAUUUUAACACAAUGGAUCCUGUACAAAAGGCAGUAAUAAACCACACAUUUGGGGUUUCUCUGCCUCCAAAGAAGAAACAAGUUAUUACUUGCACAGUCUGCCAGAUACGCUUUAACUCUGAUAGCCAAGCCGAGGCACACUACAAAGGCAGUAAGCAUGCCAAGAAGCUCAAAUCAAUGGAAUCCUCGAAAAGUAAGCAAAAAUCUGCAUCUACCAAGGACAGCAUAAAGGCCAUCACCAACUCUGCCACAAGCACUCCAGUCACUGUCAACUGCUCUGACAAACCAGGAGAGGUGGUCAAGAUAACAUUGAGCAAUUCUUCCUCACAUAAUCUAACAGUAGUCAGUUAUGCUGAACGCAAUGGAUCUAAGCGUGGAUCAACAUCACGAAUUGCAAACAAUGCAUUAGCCUUGAAGAACAUAAAUGGAGAGGCAAACUCAAUUUUUGAAUCAGAAGAGGAAAAAGCCAGAAAACUUCUUUACUGUUCACUGUGCAAAGUUGCUGUCAAUUCUUUGUCACAACUGGAAGCGCAUAAUACAGGUUCUAAGCACAAGACAAUGCUUGAAGCUCGGAAUGGAGCCGGUCCAAUCAAAGCCUAUCCUAGACCAGGUUCAAAACUUAAACUACUGAAUGGUAGCAGAGGUUCAGGAUUGCAGAACAAGACAUUUCAUUGUGAAAUUUGCGAUGUACAUGUUAAUUCAGAAGUCCAGCUCAAACAGCACAUUUCCAGCAGGAGACAUAAGGACAGGGUUGCAGGGAAACCCAUGAAACCUAAAUACAGCCCUUAUAAUAAACACCAUCGCAGCCCAAGUAUUUUGGCAGCAAAAAUGGCAUUCCAGAAGGAGAUGGUGAAGCCUUUACCUCCUACUUUCCUCUCAAGUCCUUUUGGUGCUGCAGUAUCCUCCCAGUUUUCUCUCCAGCCUCGUCCAUCUACUCCACUUUUCCACACUACUACUUUAUCACCAGCUCUCUUAAGGGCAGGACCUGGACCAAUCCGCGCAUCUCCUGCACCAAUCCUCUUUGCACCAUAUUAGUGAUUAUUAACAGCGGGACAGUGAAUGGCCAGUGGAAGAAAGAAUAUAUGGUUCCAAUACCAGUUAUCUUCUUAGUGUAUUGAAUGUGUAGUGUGAUGAUCUUAAUGUAUGUUUCAUCACACUACCUUCCAGGAAUGCACAGCAACAAAAAAGUCUGAACUUACUAGUGCGGAGUUUACAUAUUACUCCGUGUCUGUUUUGUGAAAUUCAAUGGCAGACAUUGUCUUUUUCUUAAAAUAUUUUUCAUAAUAGGUAUCUCCAUGGAUACAAUCCACUCUUAAAGCAAGGAGUAUUGAUUGGGAUAAUUUCCUGACUGACUUGAACAAAAUGAGGUCUUCCUCAUACUUAAAGAUGAUAUCUUACACAUCCAACAUAGUAUCUCCUGAUGAACAAAGUAGUUAAGUAAAUGUUUAUUGUGGAUAAGAUCUCAAUAUAAGAUUGUGCAAUUAAAAAAAAUAUGUCUUGCUGUUGCCAGGGAUUGUGUAAUGGUGUUUAAGCCUAAAUACUGUUGUAUCUCGUGUAGUGCUAUAUACGUAUAUUGUCUAAUUUAAAAUGUUGCGCAAUCUUUUUGAUUUUAGUUGCAGUGCUGUAUAUGUCUAGGCACUAUCUUUAUUUUGUUUUGUUAAAUGCUUUACUUAUUUCGUUAUUCUUUAAUUGGUCUUUGAAACUAGAAAGCCAUAAACUUUAUAAAAUAUACAUAAUUUCAAUAUUAUAAAUGUUUGGUACAUUUAACUUAUUUGGUAGCCGCCUCACUGGUUUAUGUUGCUAAGCAAUGUUUAAAAAUAGAAGUAAAUAAUAUGACCAUACAAAUUGCACAUUAACAUGAAUCUUGCAAAUAAAGCAAGGACUAAUAGGUCUAGAUGUAUGUAGUUUUAAAUAGAGUAUAGGUCCAUUAUUUUUCACUUCUUUCAUUGUGUGUAAUGGUGCUACAUUUCCCUGUGGUACCCAAAUGCAAUAAUGUACAGAAGAUUAGAUAUUUAUAUUUAAGCAAAUGUCUUUACUAUUUACAGAUAUGUUGCAAUACAGCCUUGCCUGGUAGGUGAUUUAGAUAUGCAGUGCACAGACAAUAUUAUUUCUGAAGGACAUAACAGAGGAAAGUAGAUUCAACAAAAAAGAGGAAGGCAAUCAGUUAAAUUGUCACUCGUUUCUUUUAGCACAGUAUGUUUUUAAUGUGUGAUACAUACAUGUCCAAGAGUCAUGUACAUUUCUGAAAAAUGUACCUUUUCAAUAAAAUAAUUAUGAAAGCUAA